CGGUCCAUAUGGAUAAGCACAAUCAGAAAAUCGGCAAUUUGGUCAUUUUCACAUUCACCAUUGAUUAUCCUACGACCUACACUAAUAACGUCACCCCCCCCUUCAAAACCCUAGCUUCAGCUGCAUUUCCUCCACAUUUUAUUUCUCUUCAACUGCGGCUAGGGUUCUUGGAAAGCUCUCGGAACUCUGAAGCAAUGGCGGUUCCAAAAUUAGACAAGAAGAUCAUUAAGAAGCGGGUGAAGCAGUUCAAGCGCCCGCAACAUGACAGACGGAUGUGUGUCAAGACUAACUGGCGUAGGCCAAAGGGUAUUGAUUCACGAGUGAGGAGAAAGUUUAAGGGAGUUACUUUGAUGCCCAACAUUGGUUAUGGUUCUGACAAAAAGACUAGGCACUUUCUUCCCAAUGGCUUCAAGAAGUUCGUCGUCCACAAUGUCAGCGAUCUGGAACUUCUUAUGAUGCAUAAUCGGACAUACUGCGCCGAAAUAGCCCACAAUAUCUCCACCAAGAAAAGGAAGGAUAUUGUUGAGCGUGCAGCCCAGCUAGAUGUGGUCGUCAUUAACAAACUUGCUCGCUUGCGUAGCCAGGAAGACGAGUAAUCCUUUCGGUGUAACUUCCCUGUGCGUGAAAGCAGUUCUUGUGUUGGGGAUAAAUUUUGUUUUAGAUCAAAACUGUGUAAGACCUUUGUCGAAUUCUAGCUUAGUAACAUUUGCUCGUGUUUUUAUUUGUAAAAAGCUAUGAUAUAUGAUUUCUGCUACUUUGAUUUUCGUUCAGGCAUUAGUGUUUUAUCUUUCUUCAUCA